CUCUCCUAAAUAGCUUUGGAAAAUUUACGCCAUAACUAUUAUCGCCGCAGUGCCGCACGCACAAUCGCACAUCCCCGCUGUUAGUUCCUCCAUCGCACCGGAGAGACGCCGAGCUAAUAGACACGUUCCUUCUUCGGGCGCGGCCACAGUGGUGCCAGCAGAAGGAAGAAUUCGACGAUGUAAUAGCAACCUCGCGGGUCGCAAUCGGAAAUUUUAGUAAGGAUUUAAGGCUAGAAUGCACCAUCGCCAUUGAUGAAUCCACGCUUCACUCGGGAAUAUUUACAAAGCGGAGAAACCUUCCCAUUUCAGUCAAAAACCCUUGUUUUGGUUCAGGAAAGCUUAGAUGGAUUCUUUAGAUGACUUAUUUUCCGAUGGUGCAGCUAAAACUUCAAGGGCAGUUGGUAAAUUUCAACCUAAGGCGAAGGCCCGUCCGGUUAAAAAAGCUGCCACUUCUUCUGCUCCUUCAUCACAAUCUAACCAGUUGGGUGGUGCUGAUAAACGUGAAGGGACUGAGGCUCUCAAGGCUGGACAGUUAUCCACAAAAGAUGGUUCAAGUGAACAUAUUGUUCCUGCAGAAAAUGCACGUGCAGCAGUUGGUUCACAUAUGGAGGGUGACACUUACAUGCCUGAAAACAAUAGAGACUUGCAAUGUUCCUUAGAGAAACCAGUAGGAGAGAGUGCUGAUAUAUAUCUUGGGUUGGAAUCACUUGAUGAUCUUCUUCCGCAUGAUACGAAUGCUAUGGAGACUGCCAUUCCAUCAUCUGAGGAACUGGCUAUUAAUGUUCCGAAGGGAGAUGGAGAAGAGCCACUUGCUAUUCCAACUACUUCACCUGUUGGUGAUCCAGCUCCUGUAUCAAAUAUCCCCGAUGCUCAGAAUUCUGAAGUAUCUGCAGCUCAAGGUCCAUUGAAUUGUGGAGAACCUGUUGUUGCUACUCAUGAGGGGGUCUCGCAGAUUGAUAGUAUAGAUCUGGAAAUAGAGGGAAUUGAGACAUAUCCUAGCUUGGAAACUCCAGAUGGGCCUGAGCUAGCUACUAUAUCUGGGCGGCAUACUGGAAAAUUCCAACCCAAGCCCAAAGCACAUGUGUUCAAAGAGAGCUGUGAUACUGGCAUUCCUAAUUCCUGUGCACAAGAUUCACAGUCUACUGAUUUUGUGGAUAAAGAAAGACUUCCUGCACUUUCCGAUGAUGUUCUUGAUUUGUCAUCUUUAGGAUUUGAUCAUGCUCUUCCCACAGAAUCUACACCUGAAGUUCCAGUUAAUGAAGAAAUGCCAAAUGUUGAUGCGAAUGUUCCAGCUGAACAGCCUGGCAGCUCUGGUAUAAAUGAGGAUGAAAAUAUUGAUACAGAGGUUCAGGUGGAAAAUGAAUCUCAAAAGAAAAGAGGACGGAAAAAGUCGAAGAAAAAGGCUGGUGAUGAAGAAAAGCCGGCUAGAAAGCGUAAAAAAGCUAAUGAUAAAACUGAGCAGGCAACUAAAGAGAAACCUAAAAAGUUUCCUCACACAACUCGGCAGAAGAAAAGGAUGGUGGACAAGGUUUUAUUGGAUACUCCAGAGGAAGAGAUUGACUUCCAAAGAGUGCCAAUCAAGGAUCUAAUUUUGCUUGCAGAGCACAAGGAGCGGUUAGCGAAAAAGGAGGCAGCAUUACAGACCCCACAACCACAAGUAAACCCGAGCAAUUUUGAUAACUCUUCUGAAUUGAACAAUGAAGAGGAGAGGUUUACUUUUGAUGAAGAUGAAAAUGAAAAUGGAGAAACGUUUGAGGAACAAACAACUAAUCAGGUGGAAGAUAGUACCGUCUACUUUAAUUAUCAAACUUAUAUGGAAAAAACACCCCGAGUCCGAUGGUCAAAAGAGGACACAGAACUGUUCUAUGAGGCCAUACGGCAAUUUGGCUCAGACUUUUCCAUGAUACAACAACUCUUUCCUGGCCGGACACGCACUCAGGUAAGACUGAAGUAUAAGAAAGAAGAGCAGCGAUAUCCAUCAAGAGUUCAUGAUGCUCUAACUAAUCGUUCCAAAGAUCAUUCCCGCUUUGAGCAAGUGAUUGCACACUUGAGGAAAAUUGCAGCAGAGGAAAAUCAAAGUGAUGACGACAUAGAUGAGCCAAUUGACUUGACAGGCGAAGAGGUUGAGGGGCAGAAGGAAGAACCAAAUUCGGAGCAUAACGAGGAAGCAGAGGUCCAGGAUGUGGAGCAAGAUGUUACACAAGUUAACAGUUCUGUGGUUGAGGAGGACGAGGAAGACGAGGACAUAUGGAGCCAAUACAAGAGUGAGUUUUGAUCCAAAUUGCAAUUAAAAUCGGCUGCUAUAGUAUAGUUUUGCCCACUUCAAAUGCUUGCAAGCUGAAGUGCUGAACAUUCUUUCUUUCUUUCUUUCCUUUUUUUUGGAACUAUGGUAACUUUAGUUUUGUUUCAUUAUCCUCUCCUGUAGUCCAAGAACAACCAUUUCUUUUAUCCUUCUCAUAAGUUGUAUAUACAAGAUUUUUUUUUUUUUGUUAAA